UUUGACUAAAUAUACGCAUCUGGGUUGCGUUUCCGUGAAAAGGGUUUAUGUGGUAUUGUGAUUUAUUGAAAAAGAAUUGAUUUUUACUUUUUUUUUUCUGCUGGGGUUUGAGGUCAGUUUUGAUAGGAAAUAAACUGGCGCUUUAAUUUGUGGUCCAAAACUAGAUUUGGGUGUUUUUUUUUUCUUACCUUUCUUGUUUAAGGUGGUGAUGGUGAUUUAUGGGUAGCACAACCAUCAAAUUUAGUGCAGAGGAUAACAGAGCAGGGAUGCCCAGCUUCAUUUCUCAUACUCCUGCUGCCAAUCCCAUUGGUACAGAAUCCAGUGCAACUCAAUCCCCACAAGCUCCAAAUUUUGGGGUCCUCGAGCAAUAUCUUGGUUUCCGUAUUGAAGAUCCUGCUAAUAAUGUUGGCCGAAGUCCCGUUUUUAACCAAAGUAUGAAUAACCAAUCUGUAGGCCCCGAUCUCCAGUCUGGUGCAUUCAAUAAGACGUAUGCCUCGGCCAACACAAAUUUUUCAGCAGCUCUAAUGGGCUCUCAACCAGUUCAAUUGCAAAAGGGACCACAGCCAAAUCUAUUCUCUACUUCCAGUGGCCAACAUGAAAACUGGGGAGAAUCCAACAUGGCAGAAUCCAGUUCCCGGACGGACACUUCAACUGAUUUGGACCCAGAUGACAAAAACCAGAAGUUUGAUGGUCAAUCCGCUGGUGUUGGGGUUUCAGAUUCCAGUGACAAAUCAAAAGAAAAAACCUCAGAUCAGAAGACAUUGCGAAGGCUCGCCCAAAAUCGUGAAGCUGCCAGGAAAAGCAGACUGAGAAAGAAAGCCUAUGUGCAGCAGCUAGAAAACAGCAGGCUGAAGCUAACUCAACUUGAGCAGGAACUACAACGUGCACGUCAGCAAGGUGUCUUCAUUUCGAACUCGGGAGAUCAGUCCCAUGUGGGGAGUGCCAACGGGGCGUUGGCUUUUGACGCCGAGUACGCACGGUGGACGGAAGAACAGAACAAACUAAUCAACGAGUUGAGAACAGCAGUCAAUUCGCAUGCAAGUGACACUGAACUUCGUACUCUCGUGGAUAACGUGACGACGCAUUUCAACGACGUUUUCAGGCUGAAGACUAAUGCAGCCAAGGCUGAUGUAUUCCACAUCUUAUCAGGAAUGUGGAAAACACCUGCGGAGAGGUGUUUCAUGUGGCUUGGUGGCUUCCGCCCCUCGGAGCUUCUCAAGCUUCUUGCGAACCAGCUGGAGCCGCUCACGGAGCAGCAGUUGACGGGGAUCUACAAUCUGCGGGAAUCCUCUCAGCAAGCGGAGGAUGCCCUGUCACAGGGUAUGGAUGCAUUGCAACAAUCACUAGCUGAGACGCUAGCCAAUGGCACUUCAGGGCCCGAAGGCUCGUCUGGAAAUGUCGCCAAUUAUAUGGGCCAGAUGGCGAUGGCGAUGGGGAAGUUGGGAACUCUGGAUGGCUUCCUUCGGCAGGCCGACAAUCUACGAGAACAAACUCUGCAACAGAUGCACCGAGUACUGACGACCAGACAAUCAGCUCGAGGUCUGCUCUUGAUACACGACUACUUCUCGAGGCUCCGAGCUCUUAGCUCUCUUUGGCUAGCUAGGCCGCGCGAAUGAGGUAUGCUUCAAUAUGGAAUAACAUGCCGGCCGCAUGUUGUAAAAUAUAGUGUGUUUUAUUAUGCUUGCUGUUGUCAAAGGGUAGAGAUAGCAAUAAUGUUAUUAUGGUUGCUUGUUUUUGCAUUACAAUUUACUCCAACUCAAAGAUAAAUGUAAAGUCAUUCUACAUUUGUGGAUUUAGAAUUCAAAUUGAUUUCCUUUCAGAGCUA